GCAAUAGAAACUAGCAGCACAAAAAUAAAACAGUAACAACAACAAACAUCAACAUCAAGUAUAUAGGUAUCUAAAAAGGCGGAGUUGGACCCUUCCAUCCACCCCCUCUGUAUCGCCACCUCAUAUUCCUUAACACACCCUUGGUUGGAGACAAGAACCAAAAACAAACAAAACAAACAAACAAACAAAAAAAUGCGGUAAAGCCGCAAGAAUUUAUACCCAUCAUCCCGAAUGAAGCCCCGAAGAAACAGACUUUCUCUCUCUCUCUCUCUGUCUCUCUCCUCCCUCCCGCCCCCUCUCUCUCUCUCUUUCUCACUUUAUCUUUCUCAUCCCUUGCGCCCUUCUUUCUAGAAGUGUUUAGAGGAACGCAAGACUUUAAUUAGUUGCUGCUGCUGCUGCCGCCACUAUUCUUGUUGUACUUGUUCUUGUUAUUGGUGGUGAUCGUUGUCGCGCUUCUGUUCCUACUGCUGCUGAUACUUUAUUAUUAUUAUUGUUAUUAUUAUUAUUAAUAAUUUGUUGUUGUUGUUGCUGUGGUGUUAAAGGUGGUGCGGAGGUGGUAGUGGAGACAGUGGUGGCUUUUUUCUGGGCUCUGGAAGCCACUGUUUGCUUCGUUGUUCGUUUUGGUUCGCUCUCGCUGUUAUUUACCAAGCAAGCAAGAUGAGACCAGACUACUUCGAGAUUGACUGGGAUGUACCAAUCGAUUUCAACUGGACUCUCGAUUACCAAGUAGAGGAAACCGAAGUUACAGUCAAUUUAGCCGAAGCCGUUGGGUCAUUCAUCUUGGCUGGAUGCGUAGUUCUUUUCAAUGGUUUGCUGUUACUAGCAAUUCUCUUGCAAUGCACCAAAACUAAAUUAACAACAAUACAAAUUCUAAUUGCCAACAAUGCCACAAUUGAUCUCCUGCAAGGUGUUCUAAUUAAUCCAUUUCACGGAUACCAAGCAUUUUCUGAAUGGAAGCUCUCACGAAUAUGGUGCGAGAUCUGGUCUACACUGGAACCAACAGUCUUCGUUGUUUCUGCACUGUGCCUCUUAUGUGUCAAUAUCGAUCGUCUAAUGUAUGUAUCAAACCCAGAGAAAUAUACUAAACAUUUGAAUGUCAACAUGGCAGUGAUUUUAACUGCAGCUCCUUGGAUUCUGGGAUGCUCUGUCAUUCCACCCCUUUACAUACUGGGAGAGGAUACUAGCUUUCUGAAACCACCAAAAGCACCGCUUUGUAUUCUAAUCCCCAAACAAGAAGUCAUCCGAACGAUUUUCACUUUGUGCUCAAUAAUUGGCACCGCAAUCCUAGUCAUAUUCUUAGUCAUUUUCUGUCUAGUUUCUCGCUCACAAGGAAUUCGAUCGUAUGGAUUAGUGAAGGACAUUGAUGGUAAUUCCAUACGAAACAAAAUAAUGGCUUUGUGUUCAGUGAAUGUCUUUUUUUUUAUAUUACGCUUUCCCUGGAUCUACAGCCCACAUAUAAUCCAAGUAGUUUGUGAAAACAUUGAGUGUGACAAGCAUAAAUUAGAUGUUGCACAUGCUCUCCUUAUGUGGAUAUCACACUGUGGUUUUGCCAUUAACCCUUUGGCCUGGACUGUUGAUAGAGAUAUACGUAAUGCCUAUGGCAAUCUCUUUUUAUGCAAAGCAUGUUUUCAAACGCCAUCUGAAACGAGGCGUUCUAUGCGUCAAGCCAGAAAUUGCAAAAAUGAGCAUUCGAAUGCCGUUGGUUAUCGAUAUAGUAAGUCGUUGCCGCAAGAUAUAGAAGCUAGUCCGACUAUUAACGGAGGGGUCGGACAUCUUAGAGCAGAGACAUAUGAAAUGACCAACUGAUUUAAACAACGGGACUUUCAUUAGCGAGAGAAUGGACGAUGAGAUCUACAACAGGGAAAGUGCGUGUGUGUGUGUGUGUGUGUGUGUGUACGUACGUAUGCGCGCGCUUGUGCGUGUAUUUAGUAUGGAAAAUAAUUGUAGAGAGACGGACAGACUACGAAAGGAAAGGAGAGAUUGAUAAGGAAUGAGAUGAUGUGAGCGUUCUGUGAACGGGGAAUGUAUUUAGAUCAGCAGAGAAAUUAGCAAGAGAGAUGAACAAGAAAGAUGUGUGAGAGAAAGGGAGGAGAGAAAUAAUAAAGAGAGGAAAUGAAUGAGUGAGAUAAAAUAGAUAAUGGUGGAGGCGGUGAAGAGGCAGAGAUGUUCGCGAAAAGAUGAAUUAUGAAAUUAUUUCGAAUGUGAAUAGUUGCAGUUGCAUGAUGUCAUCUUAAUAUCGAUUUGAUGCAUGGUGCCUUGUAAUCUUUGAUCCCAACAGAGCGAUGAUGGUUCUCGCCAAAAUCUUAAUCCUCGACCUGUUUAGGAAACAAAAAAAGAGAAUAGUGGGAAGAGAAGAAGAAUGUUCCAUGUGUCGCUGACAAGAACUGCCAUUACAUUACACAAAAUAUUGCAUGGUUUAUCAUUAACAAUGUCCGAAAUUAUAGCGGUGUAACUGGCAGUCGCUAGUAGCCAUUUUCAGUAUAAUAUAAAUAUUUCAUCCUUACACAUACACAAACACAAACACAAAUAAACAUGCACACGUGCAUGUACACGCACAUGCACACAAAACGCACACACUUUCUCUCAGGAACAUUCGUACUCAAGCAAGAAUUCAUGAAUAUCUUAUCUACGUGUGCAUGCGUACCUGCAAGCAUGUGUAUGUAAGCGUGUGUAUAUAUAUAUAUAUAUAUGUGUGUGUGUGUGUGUGUGUGUGUGUGUGUGUCUGUGUGUAUGU